UUUCGAGAUUCGAAGAAAGGAAACUUCUUGAGGCAGGUUGCAACGGAGCUAAUUUUCACAUUUUAUUGAUACUGUAAUCGACAAAAUUUACUUAUAUUGGUGAUACUGGUAACGGACCGAAAAAGCUAGGUUUAAUACCAGAAACUACCCCGUGAUAUUUAGCAUAUGUCCUGAUUUUACUAAGCAUCUGCCACUUGGAUUUGCCUGUGUCUCACCACUGUUUUACAGUAUAUCUUGGUCGGUUUAUCCAAGGUACUGGGAAUCCAGUUACUAACUCAUCAUGGUGUUAGCUGAUCUGGGAAGAAAGAUCACAAAUGCGCUGAGAUCAAUCAGCAAUGCAACAGUCAUCAAUGAAGAGGUGUUGAAUUCCAUGCUGAAAGAGAUAUGUACAGCACUAUUAGAAGCUGAUGUCAAUAUCAAACUUGUCAAGCAGUUACGAGAGAAUGUCAGAGCUGUUAUUGACUUUGAUGAGAUGGCUGCUGGUCUUAACAAAAGGAGAAUGAUUCAGUCAGCAGUCUUCCAGCAGUUAGUAAAGUUGAUUGAUCCUGGAGUAAAGGCAUGGCAGCCAACAAAAGGCAAAAACAAUGUUAUUAUGUUUGUAGGCUUACAAGGUAGUGGAAAAACAACAACAUGCACAAAGUUGGCAUACUACUACCAGAGGAAAGGAUGGAAAACAUGUCUCAUUUGUGCGGACACAUUUCGUGCCGGAGCUUUUGACCAGUUGAAACAGAAUGCAACAAAGGCUAGGAUUCCUUUUUAUGGAAGUUAUACAGAGGCAGAUCCUGUAGUAAUUGCCCAGGAAGGUGUGGAUAAGUUUAAGGCAGAAAACUUUGAGAUUAUUAUAGUUGAUACAAGUGGGCGUCACAAACAAGAAGAUUCACUCUUCGAAGAAAUGUUACAAGUAUCCAAUGUCACAGGUCCUGAUAAUGUUAUUUUCGUGAUGGACGCUUCAAUUGGUCAAGCUUGUGAGGCUCAAGCAAAAGCUUUCAAAGACAAGGUAGACAUUGGUUCAGUAAUUAUAACCAAGCUAGACAGUCAUGCUAAAGGUGGUGGUGCUCUUAGUGCUGUUGCAGCAACAAAAAGUCCAGUAAUCUUCAUUGGCACAGGAGAACAUAUAGAUGAUUUUGAGCCAUUCAAAGUGCAACCUUUUGUCAGUAAACUCCUAGGUAUGGGUGAUUUAAAAGGGCUUGUUGAAAAAGUUGAGGAAUUAAACCUAGAUGAUAAUGAAGAACUACUCAAAAGGCUAAAGCAUGGACAGUUCACUUUGAGAGACAUGUAUGAACAGUUCCAGAAUAUUAUGAAGAUGGGACCAUUUAGUCAAAUUAUUGGUAUGAUCCCAGGUUUUGGGAGUGAUUUUAUGACAAAAGGCAAUGAGCAAGAAUCCAUGAAUAGGCUGAAGAAACUUAUGACCAUAAUGGACAGUAUGAAUGAUCAAGAGCUGGACAGUUUUGAAGGUGCCAAACUAUUCACCCGCCAAGCAGGGAGAGUAGGACGAGUUGCUAGGGGGGCAGGAGUGUCUAACAAAGAUGUGCAAGAUCUGCUAUCCCAAUACACCAAGUUUGCACAGAUGGUGAAAAAGAUGGGAGGCAUUAAAGGGCUGUUUAAAGGUGGUGACAUGGGUAAGAAUGUAAAUCCAGCCCAGAUGGCCAAACUUAACCAGCAAAUGGCCAAGAUGAUGGAUCCAAGAGUUUUACACCAAAUGGGUGGAAUGGCAGGUCUUCAGAGCAUGAUGCGUCAAUUCCAGCAAGGUGCAGGAGGAAAAAUACCUGGAAUGCCUGGUUGGAAGGAUUCUUGAUCUUAGAAAAUAGAAACUUUCCACUGAAGAGAAUAGUGAAUUGGGGGACAUUGGCUUCUCAAAUGAAAACAGAGAUAGUAAACCUGGCAGUAGUCACACUGUGAUACUCCAGAGAGUAACUGAAACAACCUUACCUACAAUAUCUGCAAGAUGGAAGUAGCUUGAGAGAUGGUGAAAAACUGAAAAUUGUGUAUUCAUAUAUACACUGUGUAAAUCAUAUACCUUCAAAUUAGUCAUAUUAUUGGUAUUUAAAUUGUAUUUCUACACAUUAAUCAUUUGUGUAUUUAUACAAAAUGUCUUGUAUGAAAAGAUAAUUUUAUUUGAUAAUAAUA